UUUUUGCCACGGCUCCCCGAUUCAUGUUGUUUUCUUAGCUAGCAGGCGUUGCAUUGUUGUACUUGCUCCCAAAUGGAUCUAUCUGAUGCCUAGUUCAAACCACAACAUUUCUAACAGAAAAAGGCAAAUGGUAGCAGAUAAAUGCAUAAACGGUUCCAGUCUUCCCCACGCCAGUCCCACUAAGAGGGGUGGAUGGCACAUCAACACCCCCCAUCAGAGCUUCCCCAGUGGACAGUAGUCCCAGAUGGGGACCCUGAUUCAGAUUCCGACCAGGACUCUGGAGUCGGAGAGGAUGCUGGCGUUCACCAUGGCAAUGACGUUUUGCACCGGCAGGAGGGAGUUGGAGAGAGAGGCAGAGGGGAAGCGGGGGAUUUCAACAUCUUUGUUGCCUUUCGGGGAAACAUGGAUGACGAGGACUUCCAAGAGAAACUUGACAACAUACUUAACAGGAUGCCUAGUAUGCUUGAAUUGGACUCAGAAAGACUGCAGCUCCAGCAUGUGGAGCCAUGGAACAGUGUGCGUGUCACCUUUAACAUUCCUCGGGACGCGGCAGAGCGCCUCAGGCUGCUGGCCCAGAACAACCAGCAGCAGCUCCGAGACCUGGGCAUCCUCUCUGUACAGAUAGAGGGUGAAGGAGCCAUAAACGUGGCCAUUGGGCAGAAUAGAGGUCAGGAGGUCAGGGUAAACGGACCAAUCGGUGCGUCCGGUCAGAUGAGGAUGGAUUUGGGAUUCCCAGGACAACCAGGCCCAGGAGGCAUGAGAAUGAGCAACCCGUCGAUGGUCCCCCCUUGCCCCAGUAUGUCUGGACAGGCCAUGGUUCCCGGCAGCAGUGGACAGAUGCACCCCAGAGCCCCUAGACCCCCCUCACAAACUGAUGCGAUGGGCCCAAUGAUGUCCUUGCAGCAGCAGCUUCAGCAUCCCCAGGCUGGCCCCUAUGGCCAAGGACCCAUACCCCCCCAGGCAGCUCACCACAUGCAGACCAUGCAGGUGGGGAGGCAGCUAAACCCGGCUACCCUCCAUCAGCUGCAGCAACAGCAGCAGGCCCAGCAACAAGCCCAGCUCUCCCAGCUUGGUGGCCCCCGUCCCCCCUUCAACCCCUCUGGCCAGAUGCCUGUACCCUCCGGCUGGAACCAGCUCCCCUCAGGGGUCCUCCAGCCUCCGCCAGCCCAGGGAGGACCCAUGGGCUCAGCCUGGAGGAAGGCCCCUCCCCAAGCUCAGAUGACUCAACGUCCCCCCUCCCUGGCUACGGUCCAGACCCCCAGCCACCCUCCACCUCCGUACCCGUUUGGUAGCCAACAGGCUGGCCAGGUGUUUAAUGCUAUGGUGCAGGGGCAGCUCCAGCAGCAGCCAGGGGCUGGUCAGUUUGCAGCCCCCCAGCCUAAAGGUCCCCAAGGUGGGCCUGGACCCCCUAGACCUCCUUCAGCAGGGCCUCAGGGAAACCUCACAGCCAAGUCUCCUGGGUCUUCACCUUCCCUCUUCCAGCAGGGCUCUCCAGGGACUCCUCCCAUGAUUGGGCAGGGUCAGGCUCAGCUGGGCCCGAGACCUAUGACCCCACAGGGUUUCCCUCAAGGGGUAGGCUCACCGGGCAGGGCAAUACUGGGACAGCAGGGUAACAUGCAGCAAGGGUUCAUGGUAAUGCCCCAAAAUGGGCAGGCUGGACCUCCGGUUCAUCAAGGAGGAAUGGCAGGCAUGCCCAAUCGUCUGCCCAUGGGGUUCCCUAACGUCCCAGGGAACCAGAACUUUGUCCAGGGUCAGGUGACUAGCGCCCCAGGAACCCCUGGGGGAGGAGCCAAUCCCCAGCUCCAGAGCAGCCAGGUUAUGGCACACACAGGAGCCCAGUCGUCAGCCUCCACCCCCAACAGCAUGCAAGGUCCGUCCCACUCCCAGCCCAAUGUCAUGGGCCUCCACAGUGGCAUGGCCGGCCAGCCCCCAGGCACCACCUCAGGCCCCAGUAUGGGCCACCCUGGCCUCCAGACCCAGAUGAUGGGCCUCCAGAGCCAGCUUGUGUCCUCGUCCCCCAGCCAGAUGGUCCAGGGUGGGGGUCCGGGGCAAACGGUCCUCUCCAGACCCCUCAACCCAGGGCAGAGAGGAGGCAUGACCCCACCCAAGCAGCUGAUGCCCCAGCAGGGCCAGGGGGUGAUGCACAGCCAGGUGGGUGGAGGGCAGGGGCACCAGGCAAUGCUCCUACAACAGCAGCAGCAACAACAACAAAACUCCAUGAUGGAACAGAUGCAACAGAUGCAAGGAAACAAACAGGCGUUUGGGGUGAAAGUUCAAGCCGGGGUCAUGCCAGGUCAGAUGAUGCGGGGUCCGUCUCCUAACGUGCCCGGUAACAUGUCUCAGUUCCAGCAAGCUCAGGUGGGCCAACAACAGCAGCAGCAGCAGCAGCAGCAGCAGCAAAUGGCUCAGCUCCAACAACAGCAGCAGCAACAUCAGCUACAACAUCAACAGAUGACCCAGCAGCAGCCCCAACAGGUCCCCAUGGGUGGCAACCCCAACCAGGCCAUGGGUAUGCACAGUCAGAUGAGACUCCCCAGUGGUCAUCCUCUGGUCCAGCAGCAGCUACAGCAGCAGCAGCAGCAGCAGCUCCAACAACAGAAACAACAACAAGCCAUUCUACAACAGCAGCAACAACAGGCGACGCAGCAACACCCACACGCUCUCGGAGACCCCAGUGGCUGUACAGGCGACAUGGGCAGUGUCCAACAGAUGCUCCAGGACAUGCAGGGUCAGCAACAGCAGCAAGGCAUGACAGGAAUUGGAGCCCCCCAGCACAUGCAGGUGGGCAACGGCCACUUCCCGGGUCACGGGAUGAACUUCAAUCCCCAGUUCGGGGGUCAAAUGCCUAUGAGUGGGUUGUGCGCUCAGGCAGGGGGUUUCCCAGUGAACAAGGACGUGACGCUGACCAGUCCUCUCCUGGUCAACCUGCUCCAGAGUGACAUCUCAGCUAGUCAGUUUGGACCUGGGGGGAAGCAGGGGGCUGGAGGACCUGGCCAGGCCAAACCCAAGAAGAAGAAACCACCACGCAAGAAGAAGCCCAAAGUAGGAGAGGGACAGCAGCCAAUGGAGGGGCUAGGGGGUCUGGAUGUGGGUGUUGGCCUGGAGGACCCAGAGCUGCCAGCAAUCAGUGGGGAACAGGGGGUGGGCAUGGACCAUUCUGGACCCAAACUUUCAGACUUCACCAACAGGCCUGCAGCUUUCCCAGGUCAGCCUGGAGACCAGAGAGUCCUACAGCAGGUGCCUAUGCAGUUCAUGCAGCAGCAGCACCAGCAACAGCAAAUGCAGCAUCAGCAGCAGCAGCAGCUGCAACAACAACAACAGCAGCUGCAGCAACAACAACAAAUUCAGCAACAGCAGCAAAUGCAACAGCAGCAAAUGCAACAACAGCAGCAACAGAUGCAGCAGCAGAUGCAGGGAAUGCAGGUUCCUCUAGGACAGCAGCAGGGGGUGGCUGGAGCUCUGGGUCAGACUCAAGGCCAGCCACAGAUGCACCCUCAUCAGCUACAACAACAACAAAAGCAGCAACAACCACACCAUCAACAGCAGCAGCAGCAGCAACAACAGCAGCAGAUGGUCAUGAAGAUGCAGCAGGAGCAGGCUAAAAACCGGAUGCCCCAUCAUCCAGGCGGGCAGAACCCCCCCAGGGGCAUGAUGAACCCCGGGGAGGCCCAGAGGAUGCCUGGCACCCAGCAGGGCAACAUGCCCGUCAUGAUCAACCUCCAGGGGCAUGGAGGAGUGCCCCCCUCCCCAGACAAAUCCAGAGGGAUGCCCCUCAUGGUCAACCCACAGAUGGCUGGGGCAGCCCGGCGGAUGUCUCAUCCUGAGGCAGCGCCUGGUUCCCAAGGAACGGGGGCUGAGGAGGCCCCUGGAGUGCCCCACUCCCUGCAGGACAGACCUGGAGGCCAGGAGAUGGGGAUGCAGUCUGGGAAUGGAGCCCAACAGAUGGUGGUGAACCAGGGCACAAACGCCCACAUGGUGAAGCAGGGCCCCAGCCCCUCGCCCAUGCCCCAGCACCCUGGAGCCAGUCCCCAACAACAGAUGCCCCCUCAGCCCCUGCAGGGUGGCCCCAUGCCUGGCCUCCACUUCCCUAACGUCGCCACCACCUCCCAGAGCUCCAGGCCCAAAACACCCAACCGGGCCAGUCCCAGGCCCUACCACCACCCUCUCACACCAACCAACCGUCCUCCCAGCACUGAGCCCUCUGAGAUCAACCUCUCCCCUGAGAGGCUGAACGCCUCCAUCGCAGGCCUGUUUCCCCCCAAGAUCAACAUCCCUCUGCCCCCCAGGCAGCCCAACCUCAGCCGGGGCUUUGAACAGCAGGGUGGGCUCAACCCCACCACUCUCAAAGCCAUAGGUCAGGCCCCUCCCAGCCUAACUAUGUCCAGCAACAAUGGAAGUGGUGGAGGUAACUCUAACAAUGGUCAGCAGUCUUUCCCUACAGGUAGUGGAGCAGCCAAUUUGGGCCAAGGGAAACAGGACAAGCAGUCUGGAGGAGGGCAGGCUAAAAGGGCCAGUCCCAGUAACAGCCGCAGAUCCAGCCCUGCCUCCAGCCGCAAAGCCACUACCCCCAGCCCGGGGAGGCAGAAGGGGGCUAAGAUUGCCCUAAACUCCCCUCACCAGCAACACAUGGUCAACCCCCAGACAGGGCAGACUAUGAUGUUGAGCCCUACCCCAGUGCCUCCUAGCCCAGUCUCUCUCCCACUAGCGGUUGGGGUGGGCCUGGACGCCCAUCAGAUCCAGAGCCCCUUCCAGGGGUUCCAGGAUAACACAGCUGAGAUGCCCAGGGAAGGGCAGGGAAUGGCAGGUGUAGAGCAGCGGCAGAUGCCCCAGCCUUUGAGGGAGCUCUCCGCCCCCCGGAUGGCUAGCCUUCGUGUCCCAACUCCUCAGGAGGCUAAAGCUGGGCUUGAGUGCACAAUGGUAGCAGGGGAGAGGCAGCCUGUACAGAUGGCUCCUCAGCAGGAGUUUGUAUCUUUAUAUGAGGCCUCUCCUGCUCUCAGGGAUGCACCUACCUCCCUUAACCAGCUGCUGGAUAACGCAGCCACCCCCAGCGUGCCUGCCAGGCCCACACAGAGUGCUCCAGCUGGGGAUACUGUCUGCAAGGAGAGCACUAAAGCCUCCAUAGAUCAAGAGAACCCAUCCAGUGCUUUUCAGAGCUCGGAUGUGGGGGCUACUGCUGUUGCUACUACUGGUGCUGCUGUGAACGAGCCAGAAGCUAAACCCAAGCCCAGCUCAACCCCCAGCCCCAAACUCCCAAAUCCAGCCAGUUGUCCUAAUCUGCAGCCUAAAGGAAGCCCCAAUCGUAAUGCUAAUCACAGCCCUAGCUCCAAUCUAAACUCGACUGCUAGCCCCAACCCUACUCUAAACCCUACUCCUAGUCUUCGUAUCAAUGUGGGCGCUAGCCCCAACACAGCCACAGUCAGUUACAGUUGUCCCAACCUCAACGUUUCCCCCAGCCCAAACCCUAACUCAAACCCUGCAGUUAGUCCCAAAUUAAUCCCCAGCCCUAAACCCCUGGCAAGUGUCUCCACAGUCCUGCAGAUCCCUGCAUCCUCUGCCACCAUCUCCCCCAACCAGAUAACCGUGUUUGUCACCUCCAACCCUAUCAGUUCCACCUCCACCCCUCAGACCCCCCCAGCCAUCGUCUCCACUAUGGUGGCCAUGCCCAAUAAGAACAUCAGACCACAGCAGCUCAGCCAGCAGACCACUGCCCCCCGGCCCCAAUUCAUUACCACGCCUGUGUUUAUUAAUACCGGUACCCCAAUCUUCCAGGUCCCCGCUGCAUCUGUGGCCCCCAACACCACAAUGGUGUCCCAGCCGAUCACCAUGGUAGGGCCCAUACAGGUGUCCACCACUAAUAUCCAGCUCACCGCCGCUCCAACCCAGGCCCAAGCCCCAGUCACAGGCUCUGCCUGGACCCAGGCUUCUGUGGUCAGUGUUGCCGGCACCCAGCCUGCCCGAACGCUAGUUGAGCAGGUCCAGAUGGCCAGCAGACAGGCUUCCCCUGUCCCUGUUAGUAACUUGCCUCCUCCCCAGCAGCAAAGCCCUACCACUCCCAAGCCAGAGACCUCUGGUGAGGCGCUCACCGGACAGAAAUCUAGCCCGCCAGUUGGGCAGCCUUCCCGCCGUCCAAGCCCCUAUCCCACAGCCUCUACGUUUGCCUCGUCUCCCUUCCAGCAGCCCCUAGGGUCCCCUUUUCCAUGCUCCCCCUCCUUGGCUGCCCAGGGAAAGCCUUUCCAGGCUCCUGGCUCUGCACCAGUGAGCAGUCCACCAGAUUCCCAGCAGGUUUCUAAGGAAUGGCCAGCCCAGACUUUAGGGGGGGCUUACCAGCACCAGGCAGGUCUGAACGCUGGGGGUGUGCCCAGUCAUACAUCCCCUGCAUCUCUCACCCGGACUGAGGCCACAGUGUCUGGAGCACAGACUCAGACUACUUCUGCUGCUGCUCCGAAAGUCACCACUCCUCCUCCUCCCGUAUCAGCUCCAACUCCUGUUCGUGCUCAACCUGCUACACCAGCCCAGUCCCCUGUCCCUGCCCCAGCCUCUAAACCUACCACCCCUCCGCCAGUCUCAGUCCCUGUCACCACCCCAAUCACUACUACUGCCCCUGUUCCUACCACUGCUACAUUUCUCCCUGAUCCGGCUCCUCCUUCAGCCCCAGUCCCGAUACCAAAUCUGUCCCCAUCUACAUCUCCUGUUGCCACCACUGGACCCUCCAACCCCCCCAGGGACUCCUCAGCCAUAUCCUCCCCAGCGGCCCUUACCCCUACUGUGGCUCAGCCUGUCCCCACAGCCAUGGAGCCUCCAAGCCAGCCAGCCCCACCAGAGGCCACAGCACCUUCGGAGAACACCCAGAUCACCCCAGUGUCAAUCCAACCUGAAGCUCUACAGCAAGAGGAGCCUUCUGCUACCGAAAAGACUGCAGAAGAAGUUUCCGCUGUAACUGAACAAGGAUGGGCAAAGAAAAGAAAGACACCCGUUAACUUAGUCUCAAGGGCUGCCGUGGAGAAGUCGAAGGGUCCUAGCAGACGGAGCUCGCGGGCCGACAAGGAGGUGGAGGAGGAGACUGUGGCAGACAGCAUGCAGAGGAAGAGACCGGCCAGGCCUGGAGCCAGUGCUGCUGCUAAAGAAACGGGUGCCAGCCCUACCCAGGCUAAGAGAAGGAAGUCUAAAUGACCACAGUAGUGAAACCCUGUGAACUGAACUGUAAAUUUAUUUUUCUCUGUCAAUCAUUCGAUGAGCUUCUUUUCUCCAGGAUUACACAUUUUUGAUGGUGAAAAUAACCAUGUACAGAUAAUUGUUUGAAAAAUAAUUGUUGAUGUUUUGUCCCUGCUAUCAUGUGAGGUUGUAGCUAGGGUGUGUGUGUGUGUGUGUGUGUGUGUGUGUGUGUGUGUGUGUGUGUGUGUGUGUGUGUGUGUGUGUGUGUGUGUGUGUGUGUGUGUGUGUGUGUGUGUGUGUGUGUGUGUGUGUGUGUGUGUGUGUGUGUAAUUAAUUAUGUGAAGACUGAUAAUAAAACUUGACUCAAUUGUAUAAUUAUGUUGUAAAACUUAAUUAAAUUUUCUACUACUUUUUUGUCCUGUGAUGAAAUGGUUUAAUGUGCUUUACUUCCAAAGUUGUACUGUGAUAUUCUGUGAAAGUUAGCUGCAUGAAUUCUUUCAUAUACCGUUUUAACAUGGUUCAAUGCUGUCACCUUUGCAUUGCAGACUGACAAUUGAGUAUUUAUUGUAAUUCAGAAAGUGACCCUAUUUGUCAUCGGUUUCCGUGUUUCUAACGUGAUCUUACCAGAAAUCAGUGAAUUACAGCUGUUUUAGUGAAGAACCAUGUAGGACAGUAGGCAACAUUAUUUUAAUUAAUUUCAGUAUGCACAGUUGCCAGAAAUUCAGACCCAGUGCGCAACGAUUCCAAUCUAUCCAGACUACUCCAUCAACCGCAUCUUCUUACCUUGGGCAUCUUUCUUGUGUAUGCUUUACAAGCAAAUUGACAAUGAUCAUGGUCAAAGAGACUCGCAGGUAGUGUUAUUAUGCUUUAUGUUUUUUAUAUUUAGUAGGAUAGAUAGUUUUUUGAAUUGUGACAAUUGGUUUCAUUGACUAUAUAAUGAUAAAAAGUCAUUUGUUUACAUGGAUACAAUCGAUAUGUAAAUAAAGUUUCUUUAGUUGUCA